CAGAAAAAAGAACAGCGAGAAACAGGGCAAUAAAGAGAACUAGGAGGUGGGGAGGGGUGCAGAGGAUGGAGAAAGAGGGGCUUCCUCCUCCAACGACAAGCAGGCAGAGCCACGCCUCCGGUGCUGGCGCCCCGCCUCGGCUUUGAAUUGCCCGAGAACCUGGCCGGCUCCCCUGCCCCAGGCUCAGCUGCGCCCCGGUCUCCCCUCCAGCGGGCGGGCAGGUUGGCGUUCUAGGGGAUUCCUACGUGGGAAGCCUCGAGGCUCAUGCACAGCAUGGACUUACGCACGAUGACACAGUCCCUGGUGACUCUGGCAGAGGACAACAUGGCCUUCUUCUCGAGCCAGGGCCCUGGGGAGACAGCACGGAGGCUGACAGCCGUCUUUGCGGGUGUUCGGGAGCAGGCGCUGGGGCUGGAGCCAACCCUGGGCAGCCUGCUCAGCAUGGCGCACCUCUUUGACCUGGAUGCAGAGACUCCGGCCAACGGGUACCGCAGCCUGGUGCACACAGCUCGCUGCUGCCUGGCACACCUGCUGCACAAAUCACGCUACGUGGCCUCCAACCGCCGCAGCAUCUUCUUCCGCACCAGUCACAACCUGGCUGAACUCGAGGCCUACCUGGCCGCCCUCACCCAGCUCCGUGCUCUGGCCUACUACGCCCAGCGCCUGCUGGCCACCAGUCGGCCAGGGCGGCUUUUCUUCGAGGGUGAUGAGGACCUCACCACUGACUUCCUGCGCGAGUAUGUCACUCUGCACAAGGGCUGUUUCUAUGGCCGUUGCCUGGGCUUCCAGUUCACACCCGCCAUCAGGCCAUUCCUGCAGACCAUCUCCAUCGGGCUGGUGUCCUUUGGGGAGCACUACAAACGCAACGAAACCGGCCUCGGUGUGACUGCCAGCUCCCUCUUCACCGGCGGUCGCUUUGCCAUCGACCCAGAGCUACGUGGGGCUGAGUUUGAGCGGAUCAUUCAGAACCUGGACGUGCACUUCUGGAAAGCCUUCUGGAAUAUCACUGAGAUUGAGGUGCUAUCGUCUCUAGCAAACAUGGCAUCAACCACCGUGAGGGUAAGCCGCUUGCUCAGCCUGCCACCAGAAGCCUUUGAAAUGCCACUGACUGCGGACCCCAAACUCACGGUCACCAUUGCACCCCCCUCGGCCCACACAGGCCCUGGGCCAGUCCUCGUCAGGCUCAUCUCCUAUGACCUGCGUGAAGGACAGGACAGUGAGGAGCUCAGCAGCCUGGUGAAGUCUGAGGGUCCUCGGAGCCUGGAGCUUCGGUCACGCCCCCAGCAGGCCCCCCGAUCUCCAUCCCUGAUCGUGCACUUCCAUGGCGGUGGCUUUGUGGCCCAGACCUCCAAGUCCCACGAGCCUUACCUCAAGACCUGGGCCCAGGAGCUGGGUGUCCCCAUCCUCUCCAUCGACUACUCCCUGGCCCCAGAGGCCCCCUUCCCCCGAGCGCUGGAGGAGUGCUUCUACGCCUACUGCUGGGCCAUCAAGCACUGUGCCCUCCUCGGCUCGACGGGCGAGCGGAUAUGCCUCGCAGGGGACAGCGCCGGUGGGAACCUGUGCUUCACUGUCUCCCUUCGGGCAGCAGCCUAUGGGGUGCGGGUGCCAGACGGCAUCAUGGCAGCCUACCCAGCCACAAUGCUGCAGUCCACCGCCUCUCCUUCUCGCCUUCUGAGCCUCAUGGACCCCCUGCUGCCCCUCAGUGUGCUUUCCAAGUGUGUCAGUGCCUAUGCUGGUGGGGAGACAGAGGACCACUCCGACUCGGACCAGAAGGCACUGGGUGUGAUGGGGCUGGUUCGGCGGGACACAGCCCUGCUCCUCCGGGACCUCCGCCUAGGAGCCUCCUCGUGGCUCAACUCCUUCCUGGAGCUGAGCAAGCACAGGUCCCACCCCAACUCAGCAGCGCCCAUGGCAGAGCCAAUUCGGCGCAGCGUGUCUGAGGCAGCGCUGGCCCAGCCUGGGGACUCACAGGGCAUGGACCCCCUCAAGGACCUGAAGCUGAAUGAUCUGAGCCUCAGGAGCAGCUCCGAGACAUCGGGCACACCUGAACUGUCACUGUCAGCAGAGACACUCGGCCCCUCCACGCCCUCAGACGUCAACUUCUUACUCCAGCCCGAGGACACACCAGAAGAGACUGAGGCCGAAGAUGAGCUGAGCGCCCUGGACAGCGGUCAGGGCAUUGGUGCCGCCUUCCCUCGGGGCUUCCACCCAAGGCGCUCCAGCCAAGGCCCCACACGGAUGCCCCUCUACUCAUCGCCCAUUGCCAAGAACCCCUUCAUGUCACCGCUGCUGGCACCUGACAGCAUGCUGCAGAGCCUGCCACCUGUGCACAUCGUGGCGUGCGCGCUGGACCCCAUACUGGACGACUCGGUCAUGUUCGCGCGGCGGCUGCGCAACCUCAGCCAGCCCGUGACGCUGCGCGUGGUGGAGGACCUGCCGCACGGCUUCCUGAGCCUAGGGUCCCUGUGCCGGGAGACGCGCCAGGCAGCCGCGCUGUGUGUGGAGCGCAUCCGCCAGGUCCUCACUCCGCCUGGCACUGCCGCGGGGGUCUGAGCCUCGGGUCAGAGCCAGGCAACCCGGUACGUGGGGGUUGGGGGCAAGGGGCGGCGACACUAAAGGCCUCCUGUUUCCAUCUGCAUUGGCCUCAGUGUAUUGUGACUAUGCUUCAGGAGGAGGGGAGAAGGGUGGGGACCCCUGCAGAGCCCCUGGCCCCUGCCUACCUGGGCCGUGGGAGACAGCCAGCUGUGCCUUACGUUGGGGAUGAUGAGGGGGAGGCCGGGAGCUGAGACCCCGGACUGGGGGGUGAGGGGAAAACCAGUUUCUUGAGACCUCUGGACCUGCACUCCACCAUUGCCUUCUACUGCCACUGCAACGGCUGCAGGGGCAGGGCCUGACCCCACCUGCGGAUCGGUUUGUUUUUGUUUGUAAAUAAAAGUAUUUAAUUAG